AAGUCUGGGUGUCGGGGCAAGUGUCCCGGGCGACGCUCAGAGCAGGGCAAAGAGCUCACGCGUGGACAGAGCGCCCUGCCCUGUGGCCCCGAGAGACCCAGGGUCGUGCUCACCUUCCUCCACAAGAUGGGCCUCCUGCCAGCCCGCCCUCGGCGGGUGGAUGAAGGCCACGGACGCAAGCCCGGAGGGGGCACGGGACACAGACGGGUCACACCUGGAGCCUGCCUUCCCUCGUCCUUCUCUCUUCCUGUGCGCCAGGCCAGCACCCCGAGAGACACAGGCCCUGCCAUCCAGAAGCUGUGACAUGCCCGAGCGGCCCGGGCAACGCCUGGAGACACGGGACUCAAGGCCACAGCCUCUCCAAGGGCCCGGAUGGGCUGCCCGACAAGAUAGGCCAGGCUGCCUCCCCGAGCGAGGCCCCCACCCGCCUUAUCAUGCCCUCUGCAGUUGGCGGACCAGAGUCCGCCCAGCUCGGGCCCCACAGGCUGCAGUCAGCAGGUUUGGGGACAGGCGUGGCGCCUCCUGCAGAGACCUGGGGACCACGGCUGGAGGCUGUCUGGAGGAGCCCCUACAGACACCUCUGCCCAGACCAGACCCCGCUUCUCCUGGACACCCACAGGGGAGCACAGAGCCUCAAGGUCAAAGCCGCUGCACCCCCCUCACCGGCCUCGCCCGCCAGGGGGGAGCUUGGGUGCUCUGGAGGAGGAGCGGAAGGAGGCACGUCUCACCACCUAGGACAGCAGGGCCGGCUUCCGGUUCUGGGCCCCCACCGCACAGGGCCAGGAGCGGCCGGCUUAUCUAACUCAUC